AUGACCAGAACACUACUAAUCUGGUCCUUACUUUCUGUAGUCAAGAUUGCAUCAGUGGCUUGUGGUCAGUAUCAGAGAGUUCCAGAGGAAUUUUUCCAGCCAUCAGGUAAUGACUCCCAGAUAUUGAUACUCCAGCUAGUUGUAUGCAGUCCCAACAAACCUGAAGGUCAAACUUCAUGUUCAGGGCUUACUGCAUGUAAAGGUCAAACAAAGUGUCAAGGUUUGAUCCUAGUCAGCAAUUGUAGCCUACAGAUCAACUCAACUACAACUGAGCUCUUCUUCACUAACAUGACAGAUGAUAAGAGUGAUGAUCCAGAUUUCUCAACUUCUUACUAUACAUUGAUGGACUUCUCGGCUACCAAUAAUUCCAUACAUAUACUCCCUCACUUUGAGAUUCUUCCAAAUCUACUACUCAAAGGAGCUUUCACCUUUGACCUGAAAUGUAAUACUCCAGAGGACGAGAAAGUAUCUACAACACCUAAUCCAUCAGAUACCAACCCAGGAACACCGAUUCCACGAGAUAUCAUCCCAGAAAUAUACUGGAUUAUCACAAUCGCACUAUUGGCUGCUCUAAGCUUGCUGCUGUUCGGAUGUCUUAUCUACCUGUACAAAAGGAAGAGGUCUGAUAAAAAGGAAACAGUGCAAGUCUCCACAUACAAUUGCCAUAAGAGGUCCAAAAAAGACAACAAGGAAGAGGUGCGAGUGAACUCACAAUAUAUGGAGACAGAUACACAUAGGAUUCCAAAGUUCAAACUUUGUUCAGAGAACCAAGCAAAAGGAAAUAAAAAACUGAAAAAUUCCUGGAAAUCAAGAUUUAACGUGAACUGCAAGUACAAAGAAGACACAAAGAAAUCGGCAGAAGGAAGAGAAGGAAGAGAAGUUUCAACUGGAAGCAGAGAAAUUUAUAUCCCAAUGGCAAAAUUGUCAGGUCAUACAAGUAAACAGUAUUAA